UCCAAGUAGGGUGGCACAACGGGAGGGGCAGGUGCAGAUGCACCGUUUUGGGUCCAAACCAAACUGAGCCGGCCUACUGAAAACCAGAAUGAUGACAUAGCGAGCGCGGCGAUAUCAUCAGCCGAGCAAAAACACGGCAGCUGAGUAGUCGCUCCAUUUGACGUGCAGGCGGACAUGAGGGCCAAGCUGGAAAUCCUGGCCAUGGUCCUGGGCUUCCUGGGCCUGUUUGGCGCGGUGGCGGCCACGGCCAUGCCCAUGUGGCGGGUCUCGGCUUUCAUCGGCGCCAACCUCAUCGUGAUGGAGGUGCUGUGGGAGGGCCUGUGGAUGAACUGCUUCAACCAGGCGGACAUCAAGAUGCAGUGCAAGGUGUACGACUCGCUGCUCAUCCUCUCCCCCGAGCUGCAGGCCGCCCGCGGCCUCAUGGUGGUCGCCAUUGUGCUAGUGGUGAUAGCGCUCUUCAUCGCGGGCUUCACUAUGAAGAGGACCAAUUGCUGCGAGGGCAACGAGCGAGCCAAGAACAUCACCAUGGCCUUCGCCGGGAGCUUGUUCCUGCUGGCCUGCCUGGUCACGCUCAUCCCCGUCUCCUGGGUGGCCCACACCGUCAUCAGGAACUUCUACAACCCGGUGGUGGUGGAUUCUCGCAAGCGCGAGCUGGGGGCGUCCCUCUUCAUCGGCUGGGCCAGCUGCGCUCUUCUGCUGGCCGCCGGCAUCAUCCUGCUGCUCAGCUUCAACAAACGCAGGUCCAAGGAGUACCGACCCUACUCGGGGGCCUACCUCACCACCUUGCCCACUGACGCCGGGAGAGCCAGCAGCGUGCACAGCAGCAGGGCGCCCUCCAGCUUCCACAAGCAUCACGAAUACGUCUGACGUCUGCUUGGGAUUCUUUAGCUUUGGCAUCAUUCCUGGACGCAUCACUUUUCGGCUAGAAACGCUUCCCGGGAAGUUCUGCUGGUCAUCAUUCCGAAAUUCGCUGAAAUGUACUUUGGAUAUGAAAUGAUAAUUGCACGGAUGUAUACGUGCGCUGGAAAAUGAGAAUAAAUUAUUUAAUUAUUCUACUGUA